GGGCAUGUUCUCUCUAUCUGCGUGUAAUAUGGCUGCUGAGGCGUAAGCGCACGCAUUUUUCGGUCGGCUGUACUCGAAGGCCCUGUAAUGAUUGUGUUAGCGUGGACAUGUGCGGAGACGACGCUGAGGGCCUGAUCGAAGGCGUCGGAAACGAGGUCCUCUUCACGGUCCCUGUCGUCGCGGCCGUCGUCUUCGGGCUGCUCUGUUUUGCCGGGUGGCAGCAAUUGAGGCAGCUGUCAAGUACACCGCCAGCCACACCGACCAGUGCGAGGCUCGACAAUGGUGCUGCGUUGCCUGCACGUGGCAGCAUGGCAGCACACUACGGAUCAGACGCGCAGUGCCCCAUCUGCCUGGGUGAGCCCCGGCACCCCGUGGAGACCAACUGUGGACACCUCUUCUGCGCUAGUUGUCUCGUCUCCUACUGGCAUCAUGGCAACUGGAGAGGAGCAGUCAGGUGUCCCGUAUGCCGGCAACAGGUGUCUGUGAUGCUGCGCUGCUUCCAGGACCAACACUUGCCAGAUGAAACGGAUGCACAACGCGAGGAACGGGCCCGCCUCCUUCGAGACAUCAAUGACUACAACCGCCGAUACUCGGGGGAGCCCAGGCCAUGGCUGGACCACCUCCGGGACCUACCGACGCUGCUGCGCCAUGCGGGCUCCGAGUUCUUCUCCGUGGGUGGCAUUAUGUACAUGUUUCGAUUGCGCAUUGUGCUCUGCUUUGUGGCCGCCGUCAUGUACCUCAUCUCGCCGCUGGACAUGAUUCCGGAGGCCAUCUUUGGCAUCCUCGGUCUGCUGGACGACCUGUUUGUGGUGCUGCUUCUUGCCAUCUAUGUGACUGUCAUCUAUCGGCGGUUCCUGGCUGCUCGGUGGCAAGAGGACACUACUUGAAUCGGACCGCGGAGGCGUACUGUGAUGCGUUCUCUGUGUGCACGUGACUAUGCGUGCUUUACUUUCCAAUCAAACCAUCCUGGACAUCUUUUAUCAACCAUGUAUGGCGCACCCUAACGUUUGCAGGGAUCUCACUUGUUAUAAUCGAAAAUGAUGCUGCACACAUUUUAAGUUACGCAAUGCUGCAGGAGACUGCUCGGUAUUUGCGCACCGCGCCCGGCUCUCCUGUUAGGCAGCAUUGAGCAGCGUACACUGGCAUUUGAGUGGUGCCAGUCACGACCACUAGAAAGGCUUUGUGCGAUCCAGGUUAGCUGGGACAGGGUAUCGUUGAUCAAGUAGGGCAUUCUGUCUUACAGCGGUGAUAGGCUCCGCAUUCUGCAAAGGUACACUUAAUUAACAUGGCACCUGCUGUUUGUUACGAAAUAAACUACUGUUUGUUAUUCAGGAUAAAUUGAGCAUCCUCAUAAUGGUGUGCAGCAGGUCGUUGUGCUUCACUGCAUUGCAGACUGCAAAAUGUGAGCUGCUGUGGAAACCUUGGCACCAGAAUUAUUGCCUGUGUGCUACCUGCCCAUGUUCAUAACAUUCCUGUGUCAAGUAUAGACACCUUGUACUUCUAACUGGAUGGAUGGAUGCUAUGAGUGCCCCUUCUAUAACGGGGGUGAUGACAUGUGCGCCACCAGGCUCGACAAAAAGAAAAAGAAGAAACUGAACUUCUUUUUUUAAGUUGGCCUAAUGCAUUGUCUACUUCGAUUAAAUCAAUCUUAUUAUAGAAAACAAAAACAAAUUUACAGCCCAGCCCCUUAAAGCAAAAUGACCUUAUUUUUACCCUUUCUCUCUUUUGUGCCACCAAUACUCUGUCUCUUACUCAUUUCUAUCACGGAUGUGUUCAGCUUUCCAUUUAUUGUCCCUAAAGACCAAGGCUUCAUGUGGGUUCAUGCCCAAACAUAUGCCUGGGUGGAUAUCGCCACAUUCAAUCAGAACAUGCUCCAUCGUUUCCUUAGCUUCCCCGCAGCAUGUACAUUGUUCUUCUUUACUGAAUCUCUCUUUAUAACUACGCGUUCUAGGGCAACCCGACCUUGCUUCGAACAGUAAAGUAGCUCCCCUCGAAUGACCAUAAAAUGCCUCCCUCCUUAUUUCGUUUUUGCCUUUUUGGUAGUUACUCAGAGCCGUUUUUUCUUUUUUCAUCGCUGCUAUCCAAUAAAUCCUCUUCGCCUGCCUGA